AUGGUCAGUGUUCUUCUUUUAUUCUGUGUGUUGGACUUUCAUAUUCAGAUAAUCAACGCUGCCUGCAGUGUUCCACUUGGUUUAAGUACAGGUGAGAUAAAAGAUUGGCAAAUAACAGCAAGCAGUAUUGAUGAGCAACGCAAAGAACAAUGUCAAGCAAAUUUUAUCCGUCUUUAUUCAAGUAGUAAUAAUCAAGCUUGGUGUCCAAGAAUAGAUCAAUCACAUCAAUGGAUUCAAAUAGAUCUUGGUACACCAACAAAGUUACAUGGCUUCAUGACACAAGGUCGACCUGGUUCAAGAGAAUGGAUUACAUCUCUACUUAUAUCACAUAGUCUUGAUUAUUACCAUUGGAAUUAUAUAACAGACAGUGAUGGUAAUCAAAAUAUUUUUACAGCAAAUCAUGAUGCUGUUUCCAUUCGUUAUCAAUAUUUUCGAACACCAUUCAAUACACGAUUCAUUCGUUUUCAUAUUGUUUCCUGGCAUUUACAUCCGAGUCUUCGCUUAGAACUUGUCGGAUGUCCAGAAUGUAAUAAACCGUUGGUUUUCGUUCCAUAUACACAUUUUUCAGCCUCGUCAUCUGUUCCAAUUCGUCAUCGCACUUCAUGUCAACCACGUGAUGCUUUUAUAUUAAGUAAUAAAGGAUGGUGUGCACGAUAUAAACAAGUCCACGACAAUUGGUUACAGAUUGAUAUUGGUCAUCCAACACGUAUUACAGCAUUGGUAACCAAAGGACGAGGUGAUCGAGGUGAACAGUGGGUUACCAAAUAUAUAGUAGCUUUUUCUAAUGAUACGCAUCUAUGGGUUUAUUACAAUGACGCUCAACGGACAGUACCAAAAAUGUUCAAUGGUAAUUAUGAUACGUCACUUGAACGCAUUCAUUAUUUAAAUCAACCGUUUACUGCACGAUUUGUUCGAUUCUUUCCAAAGGAAUGGAAUAAUAGAUUAUCGAUGCGAGCUGGUCUACUUGGAUGUCCACAUAAUGGUCCUUGUUGUCUUGGCUAUUUUCGUGUACAACCUGAAACACCAUGUGUGGAAAAUCUUGUUCAUCGAAAAUCUGUAUCCCUCAACGAUCUUACUCAAUCACCAAUUUAUUCUUCUCAACAAACAUUUUUAUCCUAUUUAAACGAUGGUUAUGAUUCUCCAUCACGUUGUACAACAAUUGAUUCAACACGUUGUAGAAAUGGAGAACCACAAAUCGUCAUUGAUCUGAAUCGAAAUCAUUACAUUCAUGGUAUAAUCAUUCAACAACUUGAUACAUUUUCGCAUUUAUCUCAAGAUGAUUAUUUAUCACGACUUCAACUCGAUCGUAUUAUUGUCUAUAUCACACAGGACAUGUAUUUUGAUUCACAUCAAUACAAUAAAGCGCAAUGUUCACUAGUUACACGUAAGAAUUACGGUAUUCUAUCUCACCGUAUACAUCUUCAAUGUCAAACACCGAUGAUGGGUCGGUUUAUUCAUAUUCAACUUGUUGGUAUAAAAACAAUAACAAAUCGAACACAAAAACGAUUAUCGCUACCAUUCAAAGCUCAUUUUUGUGAAAUAUAUGCUUAUAACUAA